AUGGCUGCCGUCGCCUCACUGGCUCCUCUCGGAUAUCAUCUGCUACGCCUUCUCCACUCUCCUCGACUCUCUCUUCUUCCUACAACCAAACAAAUCCUAAUACACACUUUCAUCAAAACCAUCUCCUUACACGGACUUGUUCGAAAGUUCGACCAGGCUUCAAAAUCGAUCAUCGAUGACAGCUUCUGCGAUCAGGCAAAGGCCUUAGAUCACCGCAUCAGAGACGCCGUCCAUCGACUCGAAGACGCUCUCGACCAUUAUUUCUCGACUCAAUAUCUAAAUUCUCCCUUCCAAUUCACCAUUGAUCUCGACAAAAAUGAUUGCAGCAUUGAAAUUGCUUCAUUCAUGGCGUCUGUCGCCAAGAUCAAGCGCGAGUAUGCGAAGAUCAUCGACGAGUCUAGCAAAAAAAACGACGAAAUUAAGGCUUUCGAUCGGGUAAUCAGAAAUGAGCUUCAUAGAGUCGAAGAAUGCUUCGAGCUUUUUUGGUCGACUAAAUAUUGCUCAGAGAGUGAAGAUUUUAGAUCAGAGAACCUCUUGGAGGACAUGAUUGGUGUGGAGAAAUCGAAGAAGGAUAUUUAUUUGUUCUUAGCAGCUGUAAGGAUCGCGAAACUUGAGUAUGGUAAGAACUUGAAGUUUUUUAGAAACAAUACAGAGGCGAUGAAGGCCAUGGAUCUGCGAAUCAGAGAGUCGAUGCUACAGGAAGACGACAACGACGACGAUUUCCAUCUAUAUUUAUGGCUUCAAUAUCUUUCGGAAACUGAAGAAAGCCUUUCAUCAUCGGAAUCUCCGAGGGAAUUCGUUAUCGACGUCACGACAAUGGAAGAAAAUACCAGAUCUUUCAUGGCAGCUCUGGAGAAGAUCAAGCAAGAGUUCAUGAUCGAGAACGCCAUAGACGAGGAUAAGGAAGAGAUAGAUUGGGAAAAUUUAGUACUAGAUUUCGAAAAUGUAGAACUAUGGGACAGUAGAGAGGAUGAUGAUGAUGAAAAGAUAAGGCUCCGAUCUAAGGAGGAUGCGGAAGACAACGAGGACGAAGAAGAAGACACAGAGUCGGAAGAGAGUGACGAAGAAGACGACGAGGAUGAGGAUGAGGAUGCAAUAGCAUACAAUGACGAGGACUUUUUUUCGACAAGAAACUACAACAUGGUUGGAUUGCUCGACGAAUUUUUCGAACUAAAAAAAGGUCUGCUUUUAAGGGGAAGUUGGUCGACGAAGAUCAUAAGCAUCGUUGGAAUGGCCGGCAUUGGCAAGACAGCUCUUGCAAAGCAACUUUACAACGAUCCGCUCAUCGCGACGCAUUUUCAUCGCCGCGCAUUUGUCUCGGUAGGACAGAAGUUUCAGCUGAAGCGACUAAUGAUCGAUGUUUUGUCGCAAGUAGACAAUCGCCGUCGUCGCAUUGCUGAUCUGCAGCGCGCAUCGGUUUACAAGCUAGCCAAGUAUUUGCAGUCGAGUUUCGCAAGCAAGCGAUUCUUGUUAGUGUUGGACGACGUAUGGAGCGAAGAUCUCUUCUCCCACAUCUGGUUUUUCUUGUUCUAUCGGAGGAAAAGUCGAAUACUUGUGACGACGAGGAUAUCGAGCUUGCAGUCGGCUUCGGAGAUACCUUACGAUAACUUCAACAUGCCAUUCCUUAAUAAAGAGCAGAGCUGGAGACUACUCUGCGAGAAGGUGUUCGGAAAACACUCGUAUUGUCCUCACGAGCUCGUCAAAGUCGGGAAAAAGAUCGCCGAGAAUUGCGAAGGGCUUCCUCUGGCGAUUAUCGCAGUCGCGAACAUCCUCGCCAGACGCGAAAUGAGUUUCGAUAGCUGGGAGAAGAUAGCUGAAGAUCCAAAUCCUCUUGGAAUUGGUACCGAUGAUCAAGAGCCUUCGCUAGGAGUAUUGUACUCGAGCUACGAUCAACUUUCGCAGUUCUUGAAGACUCGUUUUCUAUACACCGGAGUUUUCCCCCGGCGACGCGAGAUUGUCGCUUCAAACUUCAUCAGCCUGUGGAUUUCCGAGGGGUUCAUCGACAUGUCUGAAGAAUCUAUCGACCACGAAGCGUUAGUCCUCGCCGGUAAGAAAUGCUUAGAGGAUCUCUCGUCGCAAAGUGUCAUUUUGGUCACUAAAUUGACGUCAAGAGGUCGGAUCAAAACCUUCAAGCUCCAUUCCGUUUUCUGGCAUCUCUGCGUCAGCGAAGCGCGAAAGGAUAAUCUUUUCCGAGUAGUCGAGAAGUACUCCGGCAGCACCUUCACAGAAGCGAUAAAAGGCCAUCGCCGCCUCUGCAUCCACAACAACACUCUGUUUGGCCUAAAAGAAGCGCACAAAUCGAUCUCUUCCGUUUCACAUAUGCGCUCUCUCCUCUGCACAGGUCCUCGCCACGACUAUCCGGUGCCAAUGUGUUUCGAGAUGCGAUUGCUUCGAGUACUCGAUGCUCUCACCGUUCGCUUCUACAAAUUCCCCGUCGAAGUCGCGAAGUUAGUGCAGCUCAGGUAUCUAGCAUUCACUUACGACGGAAUUCUUUGCGCUUCAAUAUCGCAACUCUGGAAUCUCGAGUUCUUGAUCGUCUUGCCACGCCGGCGCAUCAUUUCGCCACAAGCUCCACCUUAUUUGCCGCCGGAGAUUUGGAAAAUGCCGGCGCUCAUGCAUCUGCAAGUCACAGGAGCGCUGCUACCGCCCCCUUACCCUUCAGCUGUAUUACCGAACCUCUCGACAAUCCUCGACAUAAAUGCGCAUAGUCUUACAUUCGACGUCGCCAAAAGUCUUCCGAAACUACGAAAACUUAGCAUCCAAAUCGACGUGACAUUACAUAAUCCCUUCGCUUUCACUAGCCACAUCUCUCGCCAUUCGAAACUCAAGUCGUUGACAUGCACCGUCAUCAAUCCUAACCAUCGAGCGGUUGCUCCGCCUCGUCCUCGCGAAAUCUUCCCACAAAACCUCGAGAAGCUUAGCUUAAGCGGAUUCGGAUAUCCAUGGGAGUACAUGAAGGAGAUUUGUGAGCUGCGGAAUCUCGAAGUGCUGAAGCUACGGAACUAUGCGUUUCGAGGUGCCGAGUGGGAGGUAGAGUCUGUCGCAGAUUUUUGUAACCUGAAGGUUGUGGUUAUGGAGGAUCUGGACCUGGUGCAUUGGAGGAUGGUGCAGCCAUGGGGGGUUGCUCUGAAGGGGGUGGUGAUCAGACAUUGCUACAAGCUGGAAGAGAUACCAUUGAUGGAUCUUGAAUGCUUGGAAUGGAUUGAGUUGGUUGAGGUUAAGCCUUGUGUUGUAGAUUCUGCAAACAAGAUUAUCCAACAUGGCAAGCAAUCUGAUGGAGGGAUUAUUCGACUUAAUGUCGAUUGUUGUUGGGAAAAUAAUGGUGACUAA